CUCAUCGCCCUCAUCCUCAAAAAUCUGUUGACUUUGGUGGCGCUUAGCAUUUCUGAAUUCUUGAGUGUGUUAAUAAAAUAACAAAAGGCAAAAAUAAGAAAGGAGAAAAAACAAAAAUCCAAUCACAGGAAUAUUAUUCUUCUUCUAAUCAUAGACAGUUUUCAUUACUUUGUUGCCUUCCCCAAAAAGAAACAUUUUGUUAGGCCAUUUGUGUUUUUUUCUUCCCUUCUUUUGGUGAAAUUAUCCAUUGCUCACCAUCUUCAAUCCUGCCAGAAUUAUCCCAAAUUCCAUUCUAUUUUGGGAGCAACUGAUCAAACCCCUUGUUCCAUCAAUUCAGAUUCAUUUUCUAAUAUAGGAGGAGAUAGUAAAUGGCCAACAGCCGUUUGUGAUUUAUGUUUUCUGGUGUUUUGUUGAAGGCUGGAGAUGUCUGUGAGACAGGAUAAUUCUGAUGGAACUAUUUCUUCCCUGCAAGAUUUCUUCUUUUCAGACAAACACAGUUGGAGUAAGAAGGAUCGGCCCAAAAAUGCCGGACCACAGCGAAAACUGGAGAAACUGCUGAAUCUAUCAGGGAAUAAGAUUUGUGCAGAUUGUGGAUCACCAGAUCCGAAAUGGGUGUCCUUAAGUCAUGGAGUAUUUAUUUGUAUCAAGUGUUCUGGUGUUCAUAGAAGCCUUGGAGUACACAUAUCAAAGGUUCUAUCAAUCAAGCUAGAUGAAUGGACAGAUGAGCAAGUGAAUAAUUUCAUUGAUUUGGGUGGCAAUACUACAGCAAACAACAAGUAUGAAGCUUCCAUUCCAGAAGAAUACGAAAAACCAAAGCCAGACGCAUCUAUAGAUGAGCGAACUGAAUUCAUUAGGAGAAAAUAUGAGCUGCUUCAAUUUUUUGGCACUGAUGAUCAAGUGACCUCUGCUCGACCCCAAAGAUCUCCAUCAUCCUCCCAAGACAAGAGGCAAUAUGACAAGCAAGCAACAAGACAUCGUAUUGGGAAUGCAUUUCGUAACAGCUGGGGAAGAAAAGAUGCCGACUACAAGAACUCCAAAAAGAACAGCUCUAUGGCAGGUAUGAUUGAAUUUAUUGGAUUAAUCAAGGUUAAUGUGGUAAAGGGAACUAAUCUAGCAGUUCGGGAUGUAGUAACUAGUGACCCAUAUGUCAUCCUAGCACUUGGUCACCAAUCUGUGAGAACACGUGUCAUAAAGAACAACCUGAAUCCAGUUUGGAAUGAGAGUCUAAUGUUGUCCAUCCCGGAACAUAUUCCUCCUCUAAAAUUGAUUGUCUAUGAUAAAGAUACAUUCACCACUGAUGAUUUUAUGGGUGAGGCAGAAAUAGACAUUCAACCUCUUGUCGCUGCUGCCAAAGCCUAUGAAGCUUCAACAAUCACCGAGCCGAUGCAGCUUGGGAAGUGGGUAGCAAGCAAAGACAACACUCUAGUGAAGGAUGGUAUCAUUACCUUAGUAGAUGGGAGGGUAAAACAAGACAUAAGCCUCAGACUACAAAAUGUGGAGAGGGGGGUGCUAGAAAUUGAGCUUGAAUGCGUUCCUCUUACUCAAUAGUUAUACCAAUAUACUCAAUCCCCAUCUACUGGAAGAUGCAUUAUAGGAACAAAUGUUUAUCCUGCUGCUAUUUCUUGUAUACUUCUAUACAGUCCUUGUUUUCAGGGAAUCUUAGAAUUUUCCUGAUGAUUUGGUUUUGUGGACAGUUUGUAAGCUUUUGUAGUUAAUAAUCACAGCUCAAAAUGUUAAUCUGGGUGAACUGCCCCAAUACAGUACACUUGCUGGUUUUAUGGCAGCUCUAUUAUUAGAAACAUUGUAAUCAGCCAUGUCUGCUGAACUUCUUUCCUGAAAGACAAUUCAUUGUUUAGUCCAGUAUUUGCAGAUUUCUUGAUGA